UCUGACUGCUGCUCAAGGUAACGCUACAAAAUUCGCAUUCCUUUAAUAAAUGCGAGCAGCAUUAGGACUUUGCAUCAAUGUUCCACUUGAUCACAACAUCCCUGAUAGUCCGAUGUCAACGUGUCGCAGCUCUGCCUUUCAACCUUAGGAUAUGUUCCACGCUGAGUUCAGCAGAAAACCAGCAGACUGUGCAGGCUCUCUACGAGCUCUCUGUGGACAUCCAAAAGGUCCGUAAAUUUAAGGGCUGGGUCCUGCAUCAGAGCCCAGCCUAUGCUAAGGAGGUAUCGGAUCUGCUGAAGGACAUGGGGGCCUCAGGGUCCAUUAUCUCCCACAUUUUAACUGUUCAUCCUGAAUCAGUCCUCUGUCACCCAGAGCAGCUGCAGGCUCAGAAGGAGCUGUGGAUGACUGUGUGCCCAAACCAGAAAGAGCUGGUUGGUAUAAUUGAGAAAUUCCCCACCUCCUUCUUCGCUCCCUCCAGCCACCGUGACAACCAGCGGCAAAACAUUAACUACCUCCGGAGCUUGAACCUUAACAAACGACUCAUCACCAAACUCAUGGCCAGCGCUCCACAGAGUUUCAGUCGUCCAACAGAGGAGAACAAAGUGAUGGUUUGCGCCCUUCAGCAUGCCUACUUGGACCUGGGGGGUGAUGAGGCCAACAUGAAGAUCUGGCUCCAGAAGCUGCUGAGCCAGAAUCCCUUUGCUCUCCUCAAACCGCCGGAGGACCUGAGGCAGAACCUGCUGUUCCUCAGAGACAGGGGAUUCAGCAGUACAGAGCUUCUCCACCUCAUCUCCAAGCUCAAGGGCUUUAUCAUUGAGCUGAACCCAGACAGCAUGUGUCAAAGCCUGGCGUACUCCCAGGAAACCAUGGGCUGCUCUGAGGCAGAGUUGCGGGACAUCAUCCUCAACUGCCCUGCCCUGCUUUACUAUCCUGAAGCUAUUCUGGCUGAGCGCUUUGCAGUGCUCCUCAGUGCUGGAAUCCGUAUGUCUCAAAUCAUGGAAACUCCAACCAUCCUGGAGUUAACUACACAAAUAGUGAAUUACCGCAUCCAGCUGCUGAGAGGUCAUGGCUAUGAUGUAAGGACAGGCAGUCUAGAAUUCCUAAAUGGCACUAAGAAGAACUUUGAGAUGAGCUAUGGAAAACUACAGCUACGUAGAGAGAGACCACAUUUUAACCCUGUUGCCCCUUUAAAAGGGGAUGACUGAUUGAAUUAAAACGGCUUGGAUAUAUACUGUACUGUUAUUUUGAAACCUGUAACUGAUCAAAGUGUGAUUAAACUCUAAUGAUGUGUCCACUU